AUGGAGGCUAAAGAGGCCAUCAAAGCACAAGCCAAAGCAUACUUGUUUCUCUUCGGUUUACGGGGCGGGUCAAAAGCGGCUCGGGCGGCGGAGACCGUGAAUUCGGAAGCUCAGCCAUCGCCGCCGCCACCGCCACCGCCGCCGCUUCAGCAACAGUCUCUGAUGGAUCACAUACCACCCGUUUUCAUUUUCUCAGCCGCACUGCCAAAUGAAGGAAGCUCGCGUACGUUCCCGGUCAAGCUGCCGCCGCCACGACUGCUACUCCGACGACGAACGGCCCAUUCCCUCUGGGCUAAAAUUCUGAAAUUGGUGAGAUAA